UCCCGCAAAUUUCCAUUUCCCCAAAACCACACAAAACUAACACAAACAUCUCUGUGUCAUUCUCUUUUACCUUAAAUCCCUCUAUAUUUUAAGCCAUCUACUCUCAUUCUAUGCUCUCUGGCUACCUUCUUUCUUCUGUCUCCUCCUCCCCCUGAAAUCACAUAAAUUAUAUACAAAAUCUACCUCACGUGCCUUCUUUGGUAAUAGAAAAUUGAAGUGACAAAGAGUCUUUACUUUGGCACACAGCUGAAAUGACCAGGUAUGGCAGCACCACCUCGCUUCUCUCCUAUUUUUAUUUCUUCUUCUCCUUGUUUUUCUGCCCUAUGGUGUUUUCUCAACUAUCCUCAAACCAAAAAACCACUAUGAUCAAUCUCUCCAAGAGUCUAAAUGUCACUAGUAUUUCAUGGGAUAUCAACAAAGAGCCAAACCCAUGUUUGUGGAAAGGAGUUAGCUGCAAUUCCCCUUCCUAUUCAUCUGUUAUCAAAAUUUCCUUAUCUGGGGUUUUUCCAUCUUCCUCAGAUUUUCUGCCCCUUGUUUGCCAGAUUGAGUCCUUGCAGAAUCUUGAUGUUUCAGGCAAUCGUCUGAGCAAAAUCCCAUCUAAGUUUCUCUCAGAUUGUGGAAAACUUCAUGAGCUAAAGCUACUCAAUUUUAGCUAUAACAAUUUGGAGGGUUCUUUGCCUCUAUUUGUUGGUUUUGCUGGGUUGGAGUUCUUAGACUUGUCUCAUAAUAGGUUGAGUGGAGCCAUUGAUUUAGAGUUAGAUGGGUUAGUUGGGCUCAGAAGUUUGAACCUUAGCUUGAACAAUUUCACUGGCUCUGUUCCUACCCGUCUUGGAAAAUCCAAGGUCUUGAAGGAGCUUCAGCUUUCUAUGAAUAAGUUUCAUGGCAUAAUCCCUGUUGAUAUUGUGGGCUACCGCAAUUUGACUCUGAUUGAUUUUAGUGCAAAUAAAAUUUCUGGGUCCGUUCCUGGUGCAAUUGGAGAGCUCUCCAAGUUGGAGGUUUUGAUUCUGUCGUCCAAUGAUUUAUCUGGUGAAAUCCCACAAAGCCUUUCCAAAAUCACAAGCCUUACCCGUUUUGCUGCAAAUUCUAACAAAUUCAAUGGUUCAAUUCCUGCGGGAAUUACAGAAUAUCUGAGAAAUUUGGACCUAAGCUAUAAUACCUUAAGUGGGUCGAUUCCAUCGGACCUUUUGUCUCCAUUGAAUCUGCAGACUGUGGAUUUGUCCAAUAAUAGGUUAAACGGAUCGAUACCGACAGCUCUAUCUCAGAGCUUGGUCAGACUGAGAUUGGGAAGCAAUUCACUCAAUGGGAAGAUCCCUUCUGCAAAAAUUGCAAUGAAUCAAAAGUUGACAUACUUGGAGAUGGAAAACAAUAGCUUGAAUGGAACGAUUCCUCCUGAAUUGGGUUCUUGCCAGAGUUUGGCACUGUUGAAUUUGGCUCAGAAUCAGCUGUCUGGGGCUUUGCCAGUGGAGUUGGGUAACCUUGGCCAUCUUCAAGUCUUGAGACUUCAAUUUAACAAGUUGGCUGGUGAAAUCCCAAUUCAAAUUACUCAAUUGUCGAAUUUGUCGAUUCUAAAUAUCAGCUGGAAUUCUCUGAAUGGUUCAAUACCACCUUCGGUUGCAAGCUUGAAGAAUCUCGUUAACAUGAAUUUACAAGGCAACAAUCUCAGUGGUUCGAUACCGGAAAAUAUUGUCUCCAUGACUUCUCUGAUGGAACUCCAACUUGGACAAAAUCACUUGAGCGGUGACAUUCCAAGCAUGCCAAUUACUUUGCAGAUUGCUUUGAAUCUCAGCAGCAAUCUUUUCAAAGGACCGAUUCCGAUAACUCUUUCCAGGCUCACGGGAUUAGAAAUUCUGGAUCUCUCAAAUAACAAAUUCUCUGGUGGGAUACCCGCAUUUUUGACGCAAUUGGGAGCCUUGACGCAGUUGUUACUUUCCAACAAUCAGCUAUCUGGAGAAAUUCCAAAAUUUAAUUCUUUGGUCCUCGUCAACGCAAGUGGAAAUGAGGGUUUGACUAACUUUACGACACCAAGCACGUCACCACCGGAAUCGAAAAAGAAGGGAAAACCAAUUGCACUGACAAUUGUUCUUGCAGUUGUAGCAGCUGUUUUUGCUGUUGGAGGGAUCACCAUCAUUGCUAUAUCACUAUCACGACAAACCACAAUCAGGGUUAACGAUGAACAACCACAAUCAGCGGAAGAUCCUUCUGUUCCUGAGGUCCUCCAAGGCAAUCUCUUAACUGCAAAUGGUAUUCACAGAUCAAAUAUCGAUUUCACUAAAGCAAUGGAAGCAGUUUCUGACCAGUCAAACAUUGUGCUGAAGACUAGGUUUUCAACUUACUACAAAGCCAUCAUGCCGUCUGGAUCAAGCUACUUUGUCAAGAAGCUUAACUGGAGUGACAAGAUAUUUCAAUUGGGCAGCCAUGAUAGAUUCGCAAACGAUUUAGAGGUCUUUGGGAAACUUAGCAAUUCCAAUGUCAUGACUCCUUUGGCAUAUGUUUUGACUGUUGACAGUGCGUAUCUCUUCUAUGAAUUUGCUUCAAAAGGAACCCUUUGUGAUGUUCUUCGCGGUAGCUCAGGUGAUGACAUGGACUGGGCAAGCAGAUACAGUGUUGCGGUUGGAGUAGCUCAAGGUCUUGCGUUUCUUCAUGGGUGCACCCCACAUCCAAUACUGCUCCUCGACCUGUCAAGCCGAAGCAUUUUGCUGAAGUCCCUCAAGGAGCCUCUGAUUGGAGAAGCUGAGCUCUGUAAGGUGAUUGAUCCCUCAAAGAGCACUGGAAGCCUUUCUACUAUUGCUGGUUCUGUUGGCUACAUUCCUCCAGAGUAUGCAUACACUAUGCGGGUAACAAUGGCCGGGAACGUCUAUAGCUUUGGGGUCAUUCUGCUGGAAUUGCUGACCGGAAAACCAGCAGUUAGUGAGGGGGUUGAGUUGGCCAAGUGGGUCUUAAAUAACUCAUUGCAGCAAGAAAAAUGGGAUCACCUUCUUGAUUACAGUAUCAGCAGGACAUCAACUGCCGUCCGAAGCCAGAUGCUUGCGGUCCUGAAAAUCGCUCUUGCUUGUGUUAAUGUAUCACCAGAAGCAAGGCCGAGAAUGAAGAUUGUUCUUAGGAUGCUGCUGAACGCAAGAUAAGCGCCGUGAGAGAAAAGUCAGUAUUAAACAGCAAUUUCAUGCCUAAGAUGAAACCCGAGUUUUGGUGUGUUCCUACUACUACUAGAAUAUUAGUAGUGCCAUGAUGUUGUGAAAAGCUUAUGUGCAACUAUAGAAGUAAAAUGUAUGUAAAAUAUAGAAAAAUUAUUUACUGAACUGAAAUAAAUUUAUGCUUUCCCACUU